AUGGCUACUCCCGAACAGGAGACCUCGCUCGCCCAGCAAGCACGAUCUCUGAAUACCAACUCACUAGUGCUUGAGACACUGCUGCCCAACGUCAAACCCCACAGCCAAGACGAGGACAAUUAUGACCGCCCUUGGAUGUGCGACUUUGCCAAUCAGAUGGGGGAAUACCUCGAGAAUGGAUUCGCCGAGCGGGUCAAUGCAGGACUCGAACUGUUGACACAUGAGGGCCGCUUCGUCCACGACUACGAGAGUGACCCUGCCAAGGCCGCACCCGACAUGCCGCCAUUCUUGGAGCAAGUAUUGCUAGAUCUUGAUGAUGUUAUCGCAAGGGGACCCCAGACCAAAUUUGGUGGGGAGAAGACCAAGUGGGGUACGAUUCCGGAGCGGCACGAACCGUAUCACUGGGCUAGAUGGCUUGUCGAGACUGCCGAGGACGUAAUCGACCGCACGGCCAUCGGCGACGUGAUCAAGGUGGAGAAGGCGUACCACACAACGAGGCAAGUCAGGGACCUUAUCAAGAUCCCGCCUGUCUACCGAUGUUUUUGUGGGGAGCUCGAGGCCAUCAUCUCCAGGACCGGCCACUAUACCGCCAUCGCAAGUGAUUUUACUAGAGAGCACCACAGGACAGGCCCUUUGACCUAUCGCACCACCGGCAGCAACGGCGAGCACGUCACCCUUCUGCGCAGCGAGCUGCUUAUUGGCUUUACUCUGCUAUUGUGCCAGUUGGCCCGCUGGGACUCAUGUGAAUGGGACGACCUGUCGAGCUCAAACAAGCGCUUCUGGAGAGAACGCGAGAUCUUCGACUACAACUGCGAACGAGGCCAGCUCGUCUGCCGCGACCAGUUGCCCGAGACUGUGCAUGUCACUGUUAUCACCGAGAUCUGGAAUGCCGUGCGAGUUGUGCAGUUUGCCUGCCGAACCGACAUUGACGAGGCGGACGACAAGUUCUCCAUCUGCGUCCGCCCUGUAGCUGCGCUACCCUCCCUCCCACCUACGGCCACCGGCGCUGGCAUCUCCAAUGAUGCCGGCGUCACCAAGUCGAAGUUGCCAAGUGCAGACGGCCCCCCUCCGACUUACAUGGAGCAGAAGCUCGAUCUUUUGCGCUGGGCACUCUGGCCAGUGAAUCCACCCCUGCCUCCGGCUGCCAAGGGAAAGGGUUGCAUGAUGGAGAAGCUCGAUCUUUUGCGCUGGGCACUCCGGGCAGAGAAUCCACCCCUGCCUCCGGCUGCCAAGGGAAAGGGUUGCAACAACGACUUAUCCUCCACCUCCUCAAAUGAUCCUUCCUCUACCGCCGCUGUGCGCAUCCCCAGUCAGACAUCUGACUCGUCAACUCUGUUCUCUUUCUCGACCGAAGAGCCGCCGCUGACACCACUGACGCCGGCGAUGUCGCUACAACCAUCGCCCGACUCCAGUCUCGAGCUAGACCUACCUGUCCGUCAAUGCGCCAGAGAGGGGGAGCAGUCCAAAAAUGAGUAG